AUGGAAGGAGUGAACCCGAAAGUAACCCGCAAUGUUUCCGCUCUGGCAUCCAAGUAUUCUCAUGACGUGCUGGGAAUGCGAUGCACCGCGUUGGAUGAAUUCCUUUGUGAGGGUGACAAGUCGUCUUGUGCGAGUUCAGGGAAGCGUUUGAGUGCAUCCAUACUUCCUGAACUCGGUGAGAGCCACGACAUCACGACAUUCCCUCGGCUUUUCUUCAGCAGUCUGGAUUCCGACUUGCUGACGGCGCUCGAGGAUCCGUGUGAGUUUUGGGUGAGACUUCCACCAAUGCAUUGUAUACGAUGUACUCUGUCUUGA